AUGAAAGUUAAUCAGAUUUUACUGAUAUUCAUCACUUUAGUAUUACUGCCUUGCUCUCCAAUAAAAAAGCUCGAAGUUAUGCAAAAAUGCCCUAUCUUUAACCUUAAAAGCAGAGUUUCAAUAUUAAGUAACGGAUUAUUUUUACCAAAAAAGGAUAAAAAUAUAUUUAAACUGUUCUUGGAUUAUGAUUUUAUAUAUAAUCUCAUAACCCCAUUCCUUCCAGAAGCUGAUACUUGUGAACUAUCAAAAACUAAAGAUUUUUCUUUAAUGUUUCCUUCAGCUUUUUGAGUUCAAGAAAAAAACCUUUUUCUUACAGUAGUUAGGGUCAAUGUUAAUAAAAAUAGGAGUUUUUUAUAUACAAGCUGAUUUGAUUCUGAUUGAAACGAGGUAUUUAUUGAAGAAACCGUAGGAUCUACUUCAGUUCCUGGAGUAAUUCCAAUAGAAAUCCCCGAUUGGGACCAAGAAAAUGCUGGACCAGAAGACCCACGCAUUUUUAAAGCACUAAAAAACGAAAUUUUUAUUGCUUUUAAUAUGCUUGAUCACGAUAGAAACAGAAAGAUGUGGCUUUAUAGCUUUAAAAGCGGAUGAUAUUGGCCUUUAUCAAUUUCUCAGCAUAAUGCUGCAGACCAUUUUAUUGAAAAAAAUUGAAUACCGUUGAUUACAGACACUGAGCAUUUAUAUUUCAUUUAUAGUCAUAAAAACCUCCAAAUUAUAGAUUGUACAGAAAUGAAUAAACCUUGCAUUUGGAUAAGAGGAAAAUAUGAUACUUUUCCUAACUCCUUAAGAGGAGGGACUCCAUAUAUGCGAUUUCGAAGUAGCGAUUUUUAUGUUUCUAUUGGCUAUAGCCAUAUUUUAUACAAGCUUAAAGAUAGCCAAUGCCAUGCAUAUAGGCCAACAUUAACAAUUAUCUAUGUGACUGAUAGAUCUCCGUUUUAUGAGCUGAUUUAUGCAAGUGAGCCUUUAGAUUUUGAAGGGAAAUUGUUUUUGAAGCCUGCUUUGAAUGUCGAUUCGGCUGAAGGAAUUAAAUUUUGCCAAAACGCGAGAAUCAUGAUGGCACUUUCAAUUCCUAAAUGGGAUUAUGGCCGAGAUAUUGUUGAUAUUACUUUAAGCAUAAAUGAUACUGCUCCAGUCGCUAUCAAGGCUUCUGGCUUAACUGGAAUUGUGGAAGAAGUUAUAGAAUUAUAUGAGGAGCAAAAAUUACCAAAAGAGGACGAAUGUGCUGAAAAAUUGGCUUAUUGAUACUAUAACAUCCCUGAUUUCAAGAGGAGAAUCAUUGAUAUAACUCGGUUAGCUACAUAUCAAGAAGAUUUAUUAAAUGGGCGAGUUCUCGAUUAUUUUUAG